CACCCAAAGUUCUCAUCUAUCGGUGCUCUCCUAUCCAAAAUCAUGCCUUGCGUUUCUCAGUAGCUCCGUGUCCAUUUGAAGAGAGACUGAAUCAUACGGAAACGCUUCUUAAAGUCUUCUUCGAUCGAGUGCCUAUAAAGAAAACGAAGGCCGCUUCUGUUUAUUUUUGCUUUCUUUUUCUUAGUUUCUGUUUCACGUUUAGGUUUCCCUGCUCGGUUUCUUUAUAUAUUAUUAAGGUCUUUGAAUCUGUGAUAGUUUCUUGUUUUUUCUGCUUGAAGUUUCAAUUUUGAGUCAUAAAAUUUGUUUUUUUUACACUGAUUUAAUGUUUCUGGGAUGCUUCAUGUUUUCAGGAUCAUAUUUAGUUACUGGUAUUCAAUAUUAGCUUCCGGCUUUACCCACUCAAUUUCUUUGCUUCUGGUUCAUUUUUUGUUGCUGGUUUUCUAUUAGCUUCUUGUUUUCCCUGCUCAAUUUCUUGAUCAUCUGGCAAGCAGGUUGAUCCUUUGUUACGGGUAUUAUAUGUUAGCUUCUGAAUUUUAGUGAAAGAUUACAUUUUGAAGUGCUAAUAAUGACAAUUGCAAGUGUAUCUCCGGAGGGGAGGAGCAAGGGAAAGGGUAAGGAUGUUCUUGAAGAGAAUGCUCCCUUGUUGCCAAGCUCGCUGAAAGGGGAUGGAGAGUUUGAUGAAUUCAAUGGAGCUUCAUUUCCUGGUGCUGUGUUUAAUCUUUCGACUUCGAUUGUGGGAGCUGGAAUCAUGUCACUUCCAGCCACCAUGAAAGUGUUGGGUUUGGUACCUGGGAUGGUUAUGAUCGUCUUGUUUGCUUUCCUAGCUGAGGCUUCAAUAGAGUUGCUGAUCAGGUUCAGUCGAGUUGGGAAAUCAGUCUCUUAUGGUGGGGUUAUGGGUGAUUCUUUUGGGAACGUUGGGAGGAUGCUGCUUCAGAUUUGUGUGGUUGUAAAUAAUGUUGGUGUGAUGAUUGUCUAUAUGAUUAUAAUCGGUGAUGUGCUUUCGGGUACUUCUUCCAGUGGUGUUCAUCAUUCAGGCGUCUUGGAAGGUUGGUUUGGGGAGCAUUGGUGGACUGGGCGUUUCUUUGUUCUUCUUGUAACAACUCUUGUAGUAUUUGCUCCUUUAGCAAGCUUCAAGCGUGUAGAUUCUUUGAGUUACACGUCAGCAUUAUCUGUUGCUCUUGCUGUAGUUUUUGUUGUGAUUACAGCUGGGAUUGCCAUUGUCAAAUUGCUAAAUGGAAGCAUACCAAUGCCAAAAUUGUUUCCUGUGAUACCGAAUCUGGAAUCUAUUUGGAACCUCUUCACCGCUGUUCCGGUUCUUGUAACAGCUUUUAUUUGCCAUUUCAAUGUUCAUAGCAUAGACAAUGAACUAGAAGACUCUUCCCACAUAAAACCUAUUGUGAGGACAUCACUGGCACUCUGCUCUACUGUUUACAUAGCUACAAGCUUCUUUGGUUAUCUUCUCUUUGGUGAAUCAACCCUUCAUGACGUGCUUGCCAACUUCGAUACCAACCUCGGCAUACCUUAUAGUGCUGUUUUUAAUGAUGUCGUUCGUGUCAGCUAUGCUGUACACCUCAUGCUUGUAUUUCCUAUGAUAUUCCAUGCUUUGAGGCUAAACUUGGAUGGUCUCCUCUUUCCCAAUGCAAGGCCAUUAUCUACUGAUAAUUGCAGAUUCACAGUGAUUUCAGUAGCACUACUCUCUGUCAUAUUUUUAGCUGCAAACUUCAUUCCAAGCAUCUGGGAUGCCUUCCAAUUCACUGGCGCUACUGCUGCAGUUUGCAUUGGAUUCAUCUUUCCGGCUGCUAUGACAAUUAGGGAUCCCCAUGGCAUCGCAACAUUGAGGGACAAGCUUCUAUCUGUUAUAAUGAUUGUGCUUGCUGUGCUAUCAAAUGGAAUUGCCAUUUACAGUGAUGCUUAUUCUCUCUUCAACACUGCCAAGGCCUAAAUUCAAGGUUGAUCUCUUCUGUCCUCCUUUGGUUCAAGUGAGCAGUUGUUAUGGUUAGUAUGAACGAAUAGGACUCCUGCUUUUGGCUUCCUUUGUUCAGAUUUGUGCAAUAAUAAACUAUCAAGUCUCAACAUUUUAGUUGGGGUUUAUUUUAUGGUUAUGUGUAUUUCAAUAUUGGAAGUGAUUAAGUGCUGCUGUAAGUAUUAGAUACUGUUUGUGUUUUUCCAAAUAAUGUUGAGAGGUUCGAGGAUGUUGUAGUAUUUUUUAUUAACAAGGAUAUUUGUUUGAUUUCACCAAA